GGGCUGAUUGCCAUUUCCUUUGAACAGCAUCUCUAUGAUUGCGUACAGAAGCCUGCUGUAAUGAAUAUCUGUCAGGUAACUCAACUCCUCUCUGAUGUCAUGAGGAGUAAUUGAAACCUCGCUGAAGGCUGCAGCCGUGGAGCCGACCGGAUCCCCGCCUCUCACCGGACAGAAAGUCCGCUAUGGGGAGAGGAUCGGCUCUGGGAACAUGGCGCACUUACCCGGGAUUAACUUUCCCCAGGAAAAACUUUGGAGGAUCGCUACCUAGCACGUAAAUCCUCCACACCUUCAGUUUUAUCGAUCAGUAUCGAUCAGCGGACAGCUUUUAACGGUGCCGGUGCUCGUAUUGCGGUGGAUGUGGUGAGUGUUUUCCUGUCCUGCCUCUCUGUCGCUGUGGGAUGAAAGUUUUGGAGCUGCAGUCGCCGGAUUUAGCAGAGAGCAGGAUGGAAAAGCAAAGAACGAGGAAAGAAAAGUUCUCUCUGUUUGGUUCUCGCUCCACCAGCAGGACCACCAACCCUCCCUCUUCAUCCUCCUCCUCCCCCUCUCCCGUGAUCCCUUCUGCUCCGACAUUAAAGAGGCCGGAUCAUCCCUGCUCCUCCGGUCCCGGCCUGAGCAAAGCGGAGUUCCUGGAGCGCGUGCGUCGCAGUAACCAGGCCUGCCAGCAGGGGGAGUACGCCCUGGCUGUACGUCUCUACAGCGACGCCCUGAGCGCCGACCCCCAAAACUGCAUCCUGUACAGUAACCGCUCCGCAGCCUACCUCAGGCUGGGCCAGUACAGCACCGCCUUGGACGACGCAAUCAAAGCACGUCUCAUCAACCCCAAAUGGCCCAAGGCCUACUUUCGCCAAGGGGUUGCCCUGCAGUACCUGGGUCGUCAUGCCGACGCCCUGGCAGCAUUCGCCUCCGGCCUCGCCCAGGACCCCAAGAGUCUCCAGCUGCUUGUAGGCAUGGUGGAGGCUGCCAUGAAAUCACCCCUCAGAGACACACUUGAGCCCACCUACCAGCAGCUGCAGAAGAUGAAGCUGGACAAGAGCCCAUUCGUGGUCGUGUCCGUCAUCGGUCAGGAGCUGCUGACCCACAGUUUCCACGGAGCGUCAGUCGUGGUGCUGGAGGCGGGGCUGAAGAUCGGCACAUGCUCGCUGAAGCUGCGCGGAUCCGUCUUCUCGGCCCUGAGCUCCGCCUACUGGUCUCUAGGCAACACGGAGAAGAGUAUGGCCUACAUGCAGCAGGACCUGGAGGUGACCAAGACUUUAGGUGACCAAUCAGGUGAAUGUCGUGCUCAUGGAAACCUGGGCUCUGCUCUCUUCUCCAAGGGCAACUACAGAGAAGCGCUGGCCAAUCACAGAAACCAGCUAGUGCUGGCGAUGAAGCUCAAGGACAGAGAAGAUGCGUCCAGUGCUCUCAGCAGUCUCGGUCAUGUGUACACAGCUAUCGGUGACUACCCCAACGCCCUGGCGAGCCAUAAACAGUGUGUGCUGUUGGCACGCCAAACGCAGUGCCAGCUCUCUGAGGCUCGACAGCUGGGCAACAUGGGCGCCGUGUACACAGCGCUGGGAGAUUUCACCAAUGCUGUUCAGUGCCACGAGCAGCACCUGGACAUCGCAAAGACUUUGGAGAACCGCCGUGAGGAGGCGCGGGCGUACAGCAACCUGGGCAGUGCCUACCACUCUCAGCGGGACUUUGACAAGGCCAUAUCCUACCAUACACGGGUACUGGAGCUGGCACAAGAGCUGGCAGACAGACCGAUCGAGAUGAGAGCAUAUGCUGGUUUGGGGCACGCUGCCCGAUGCAUGCAGGACCUGGAGAGGGCGUGGCAGUACCACCAACACCAGCUAGAAAUUGCUCAGGAGCUGCAGGACAGAGCAGCGCAGGGCCGAGCCUCCUCCAACCUGGGCAUCAUACACCAGAUGAAGGGGGAGUAUGACAGAGCACUGAAGCUCCACAAAGCCCACCUGUCCUUUGCCCAGGAGUUGGGUGAUUACGCUGCCCAGGGGAGGGCGUACGGUAACAUGGGAAAUGCCUACCACGCACUCGGCAUCUAUGACCAAGCUGUCCGGUACCACCGACAAGAACUACAGAUCUCAUUGGAGGUGAACGAUCGUCCAUCCCAGGCCUCUACACAUGGUAACCUAGCCGUGGCCUACCAGGCGCUGGGCGCUCAUGACCGAGCUCUCCAGCACUACCUUCACCACCUGACCAUCUCACGAGAGCUCCAAGACACUCAAAGCGAAGCGAGAGCACUAGCAAACUUGGGCAACUUCCACAGCUGGAGAGGUGAAUAUGCUCAGGCCUUGCCGUACUACCAGCAGUACUUGGCUCUGGCACCAGGCUUACAGGACAUGGAGGGAGAAGGAAAGGUUUGCCACAACCUCGGCUAUGCUCACUACUGCCUUGGACAGUACCGAGACGCUGUCAGGUAUUAUGAGCAGGACCUGGCCUUGGCUAAGGACCUCCAAGACAAAUUAGCCCAGGCAAAAGCCUACUGUAACCUCGGUCUGGCUUACAAAGCACUUGGGGAGUACAACAAAGCGGAGGAGUGCCAGAGAUACCUGCUCUCUCUAACACAAGCCUUGGAUAACACACAGGCAGUUUUCAGGGCCUUUGGGAACCUCGGGGAUGUGUGUGUGUGUCGGGGCGAUCUUCCAGGAGCUGUAAGGUUUUACCAGCAGCAGUUAGCCUUGGCUCAGAAAGUCAACGAUCAGAAGAUGGAGGCGGACGCAUACUCAGCACUUGGAUCAGUUCACAGGCUGCUCCGCCAGCUGGAUACAGCAUUGUCCUUCCAUAGCCAGGAAUUGACCGUCCGCAAGGAUCUAGGUGAUCAGCAGGGGGAGUGUCGCGCCCUUGGCCACCUGGCAGCAGUGCAUAUGGCCCUGGGAGACUACGCCACAACCUUCCAGUGCUAUGAGACCCAGCUCGGCCUGGCGCAGGGGCUCAGGGACGCCCGUCUGGAGGCCCAGGUUCACGGGAACAUGGGCAUCACCAAAAUGAACAUGGGGGUGUUUGAGGAAGCUAUUGGUUAUUUUGAGCAGCAGCUGGCCAUGCUGCAGCAGCUGAGUGGAACUGAGAGCAUGCUGGACAGAGGAAGGGCGUAUGGGAACCUGGCAGAUUGCUAUGAUGCUCUGGGAGACUAUGAGGAGGCUAUUCAGUACUAUGAGAAGUACCUGACGGUGGCUCAGAGUCUCAACCACGUCCAGGAUCAGGAGAAAGCCUACAGAGGACUCGGCAAUGCACACAGGUCUAUGGGUAGUCUCCAGCAGUCACUGGUGUGUUUCGAGAAGCGGCUGGUGGUAGCCCAUGAGCUUGGCGGGGAAGGAGGGGGUAAGGCUCAAGCUUACGGGGAGCUGGGCACCUUACACAGCCAGUUGGGCAACUACGAGCAGGCCCUCUCUUGCCUGGAGCACCAGCUUAACAUUGCACGCACAGCAGGGGAUAAAUCCCUGGAAGCAGAAGCAAGCGAUACACUCGGAGGUGUUUAUCAGCUGAUGGCAGACAAUGAGACAGCGCUACAGUGGCACCAAAGGGCUUUGGAUAUAGCGGAGCAGACGGGAUGUGUGAGGAGUCAGGGCCGAGCCUACGGGAACCUGGGACUGACCUACGAAGCUUUAGGGAACUUCGAGAGGGCUGUGGUGUUCCAGGAGCAGCACCUGAGCGUGGCAGCGCAGACCAAUGACCUGAUAGCUAAAACUCUGGCCUACGGGAGCCUGGGGAGGAUUCACCAUGCACUGCAAAACUAUGCACAGGCUGUGAUGUAUCUACAAGAAGGUCUGCGUCUGGCAGAACAGUUAGGUCGGAGAGAAGAUGAAGCGAAGAUACGCCAUCGCCUGGGUUUGUCUCUGUGGGCCGGUGGAAACCUGGAAGAGGCUCAACACCAGCUGUACAGAGCGUCCACCUUAUUUGAAACGAUCCGUCAUGAGACGCAGCACAGUACGGACUACAAGCUGUCUCUGUUUGAUCUGCAAACCAGCUCGUACCAGGCUCUCCAGAGAGUCCUCGUCAGCCUAGGCCGCCAUGAUGAGGCGCUGGCCAUAGCAGAGCGAGGGCGAACACGUGCCUUUGCGGACCUCCUGGUUGAACGCCAGAAAGGAAGUCAGCAAGCAGCGAGCGCUGACCCGUACAUCCCGGUUACUGUUGAGCACAUCCUGGAGACGGUCAACGGUCAGAGGGCCAUGGUCCUCUACUACUCUCUGGCUGGAGGGUUUCUGUACAGCUGGCUGAUAUCUCCAGGCACAGGUAUUGUGAAGUUUCACGAGGUGUAUCUCGGAGAAGGUGGAGCGGAGGCGUCUGAGUUCCAGGAUGGUGGGAGCCCACAUGGUGGAGGAGUCGGUGUAGGUCCUCUGUCUCUGGAGCAGUACAUCUGCAACGCUAGAGAGGCUUUGGGAGUGGACAGCCACUACAGCAGAGUGGGCUCCAGCAGCGAAACAGAGAGUGAAGCAGGAGAUCUGUUGGAACAGCAGUUUGAGGAGCUGAACAACAAACUCACAUCAGCCACCGACCCCACAGGCUACCUCCGCAUGGUGUCCAGAAAUAACCUCUUUAACAGAAGCUGUCAGAGCAUGACCAGCCUCUACAGUGCCACAGUCUCUCCAGCGAAGGACAGUUUAUCAUCUCCUCCUUACCGGCCAAGUAACAUCGGCAAACCUCCUCUACGAGCCCUUUACGACUUACUCAUAGCACCGAUGGAAGGGGGCCUGAUGCACAGCAGCGGACCUGUCGGCAGACACAGACAGCUCAUAUUAGUGCUGGAGGGAGAGUUGUACCUGAUCCCGUUUGCCUUGCUCAAAGGCAGCUCCUCUAAUGAGUACCUGUACGAGAGGUUCAGUCUCAUUUCUGUACCUUCUUUAGCCAGCCUGGAAGCCACAAUCAAGCCUCACCCUCGCCGCGGAGGUCCCUUACUUUGCUCAGACGGAGGUUCGGUGGCUGCAGUGGUCGGGGCUCCUCGUCUGCCCCACAGUGUAAUGGACCGCUGGCUGUGGGGACCCUUACCUUCAGCCCAAGAUGAGGCUCUUUGGCUGGGGGAACAGCUGGGAUGUCAUCCACUAACCGGAGCCAACGCCACGAAGGAGCGCGUACUCUCAGCUCUGAGUCAGGCAGAAUGCGUUCACUUUGCCACUCACAUAUCCUGGAAACUCGCCGCUUUGGUCCUCGCCCCCGGCCAGGAGCAUACCGCAGGAGACGGGGCAGGGAGCCGACCCAAGGACAAGUCACCGUGCGGGGCGUCGAUCUCAGGCGACACCGCGGAUCAGGACGGAAGGGUCAAAAGUUCGUUUAUGAAGAGUCACAGCAGCCCAGACAGACUCAGAGGAGUCGAUGAAAUGAGCGAGGAUGGGGAGAGGGCGUGUGACGUGGAGAGUGUGUGCGACAGUCCGGCACUUCAAGACUUCCUCCUCACUGCUGCUGAUAUACUGGACCUGUGCCUGACGGUCAAACUAGUGGUUCUGAGGUUGUACCCGGAGUCCAGCAGCAGGGUGACAGCUGACGGGGUGGUGGGUCUGACCCGAGCGUUCUUGGCUGCAGGGGUCCAGUGUGUGUGCGUCUCUCUAUGGCCUGUACCGAUAGCUGCCUCCAAACUGUUCACCCACACUUUCUACACAGCCCUCCUCAACGGGACCAAAGCCAGCGCCGCUCUGACAGAAGCCAUGAAGACGCUACAGAGCAGCAAACACUUCUCGCACCCGUCCAACUGGGCUGGUUACAUGCUGAUCGGCAGCGAUGUGAAGCUGAACAGCCCGAUGUCGCUGGUCGGUCAGGCCCUGGCAGAGAUCCUCCAGUACCCAGAGAGAGCCAGAGACGCCCUCAGAGUGCUUUUACACCUGGUUGAAAAGUCUCUGCAGCGGAUUCAGAGCGGCCAGUGUAACCCGAUGUACACGUCACAGCAAAGUGUAGAGAAUAAGGUCGGCGGGGUGCCCGGGUGGCAGGCCCUCCUGUCUGCGGUGGGUUUCCGGUUGGACUUCUCUGGUAGCGGCGCCGGUCUCCCCGCGGCGGUUUUCUUCCCCACAUCGGAUCCUGGAGACCGACUGCAGCAGUGCAGCACAACUCUACAGUCCCUGCUCGGUCUUACUCCACCAGCUCUGCAGGCUCUCUGUAAACUGGUCACAGCAUCUGAGGCCGGAGAGCAGCUCAUUCAUAAGCUUCACCAAGUGCUGGUGCAGUUGCAGUCAGGCGACAAAGAGCAGGACUUUUCACUGGCUCCCAUUCAAGUGUCGAUAAGCGUGCAGCUGUGGAGGCUUCCAGGCUGCCACGAGUUCCUGGCUGCACUCGGGUUUGACCUUUGUGAGGUGGGUCAGGAGGAGGUCGUGCUGAAGACUGGGAAGCAGGCAAGCAGACGGACGAUGCAUUUUGCCCUUCAGUCUCUUCUAGCACUCUUUGACUCCACAGAGCUUCCCAAGCGGCUGAGCAUGGACAGUUCAUCAUCUCUGGAGUCUCUCUCUUCAUCCCAGUCAGCAUCCCAGCCACAGUCUUUACCCCUCUCCUUCGGUUGCUACCCACCUCAGCCCUCCUUCUUACCCCCGGUCUGCCCGGACAACCUCUCCUGCGACGCCAUCUCCGUCUACAGUCUCAGCUCCCUCGCCUCCUCUCUCAGUUUCCUGUCCCGGCCUGAGCCUGCAGGAAGUGACAUCAUCAGCCAGCGCUCGCAUCAGCAGGAGCUGGAGAGACCUCGUGGGGGAGCAGGCCUCUACUCCUCCCAACGGCAUACAGGCGGCCUGUCGAGGCGACUGACCAAUCACGCAGGAGGAUUAGCGGGAGAGGCAGAGGACGAGGAGUACGAGGGGUACUCCAUUAUAAGCAGUGAGCCGCUGGGACGAGGCAGUGGGGGAUGCGACACGCUGCCUCUUCCUGCAGGACAUCGGCAAGGCAGAGGUGGUGCUGGGAGAGGAUCUGCCAGGGGUCAUGGGUAUCCGAUCACAGUUUCCUCCAAGGGAAGCAUUAGCACACCUACAUCUCCAAUUAAAGCUCCAACGCUGCCUCUAGCUGUUCCUACCAGCCCCAAGCCCAAGCAGGAAAUCUCAUCUCCUCAGAGGACUGGCAAAGGCAAGGUCAGCAGCUCUGAGUCGGACCAGUCGAGUACCGAGACAGACAGUACAGUCAAGUCCCAGGAGGAGAGGAUGGGUCCUGCGGGACAGCUGGAUCCCCAGGAGCUGGCCCAGAAGAUCCUUGAGGAGACGCAGAGCCACAUGCAAGCUGUGGAGAGCCUGCAGAAAGCAAAUAUUAGAGGGAAGACACUGAGACGGCCUGAGGGGAGAGAGGAGGCGCACGCCAGACAGACGUCCCUCUCCACUCCCACAACCCCGACUCUGACGCCUACAGGAGGAGCACGAGGGUUUCAGCCCUCUGAGACCAGCGCGUUUAGCAGACCUCCGAGUAGAGCGAGUCUAAAGGCUUGUUCCUCUCCUCUUUCUGUCCGUAGUCCCCUUUCACCGCUCUCCACCUCUGUUUCAACACCUCCCCCGACUCGACCUAAACCUCCAUCCCGCUCCUCUUCGCUACAGAAGAUCAGCUCAGGCUACAACAGCCCAGCUCACUCCUCUCCAUCCUUAUCUCGCUCUGUGAAGGAGCAGCGUUCACCUUUCCCUGCGGUUUCCCCAGAUGUGCAUGCACAGCCUAAACUGAAAUACCCUACCUCACCUUACACCGCCCACAUCUCACCUUCCCACUCUCCUGCUGACAGCGCCCCGUCGCCCGCCCUUUCCUACUCCUCUACAGGGUCCGUUUCGGCCUCCUCCAGCCCUGCAAACACCCCCGAACUCAACCAGUCCAAACAGGAUAAUAAAGUCCAGGCAAUUCAUAAUUUAAAAACCUUCUGGGCCAACGCCGCCCAGAAACACGAGGUGCCCUGCCCUGCCAGUUUGCUCCGAGGCGGGAAUAAAAAAAUGAGUACAGUUCAGAAAGAUGUUUUGGGUUUGCUGAAUCUCUCGCCGAGACACGAGUCCGCGAGCAAAGAUGUAGAAGGAUCUGAGGGUCAGAACACUGGUGACAGACUCAGCGGUCACCAAAAACUGGAGGGUAAACCUCCUCCACCACCUCCACCUUCUAAAGGAGGCGUCAGACUGCACUCUGGGAAUGGCUACAAGUUUCUCUCACCUGGACAUUUUUUCCCGUCUUCUAAAUGUUGAGAGUUUGGAUAUUCCCCCCCCCCAUGCUGUUCCCCACAGCCAGUAGGCCAAUCCCCUGUUUAAUUUGUGUUUUUACUAUGACAGAAGCUGCCCAAUUGUCAGCAAACCAUAUUGUAGCAAUACCUGCUGAAGAUAAGGAUAAAGAAGUACUGUUACUGAAGGUGGUGAUUUUACAUUUUUUGUGAAGGGAUGUUACACUAAUGUUUUGAAUGUGAUGACUGUGCCUUCUUCUGGAGAGAGCUGGAAGGAGAAAAAAGACUCGAGGAGUGUUGAUUCUCUGGCUUUAAUUGUGUUUCAAUGACUGACAAGAGAGCAUGUGUGUCGAUGCCUCCGUGUACACUGAAAAUAAACGCUGACUGAAUGCCUGUCACCAUUACAGAGAAAAGGGGAACAUUUUAUGUCGACCUAAACGCUCGCUAUGUUUGUGUAAGUUGAUUAGCUACCUGAAUUGGAUUUACUGUGUAAUAAUUAUUGUUAAAUGUAUUUACCAAUGCUUAUUGUUGUCAUUUAUUUUGUUACGUAAACUGUGUUUUCCAGUCAUUAUUACACAUUUUAUAAAGAUGAAUAAACCAUGGAAGAAAUAAUGAAAACCCCUUUUUUGAUAUUUUUUAUGCAGAUUUCAUGUGUGGUUGUCAGCAUGGUACCUCUUGCUGUUCAGUGUUUCAAUAACUUUAUAAUGUACAAUUUUUUGCAGCAGUGCCAGACUCCUAUUCAGAGACAUCUCCAUUCUCAGUAAAUAAA